CUCGGCCGCUAUUGGGUAGUUGGUGAAAGAUCACGAUUUGCACCAAUGAAAACUUCGUGAACUUCCUCACACGAACUCAACUCAGCCAAUGAAUGCUUCGCUACGGGCUUUACUAGCAGCCUCGCCUCUCAUUACAGCCUUACACUAGCUAGAGUUCAGGCCCACUAGCUGCAAGGCUACAAUAAUAAUUUUGCUUUCCGAUAACGAGAUUUAACAGAGUCAUCAUUGAUACAAAAUUACCAUAUUCGUACAUUAUUGAUUCAGUAUUAAUCAAUUACAUACAUUCUUUUAUACAAUGGCAGAUCCUCUUCUAUCAUCAUUAUGUCGCAUCUGUCAUAUCAAUCCCACAAAGUAUACAUGUCCGCGAUGCUCUCAACAAACAUGCUCACUUCCCUGCUCCAAACGUCACAAAGUCUGGUCAUCAUGCUCCGGUAUUCGCGAUCCUACUGUCUAUAAACCAAAAGCACAAUUGGCAACUCCUUCGGGCAUUGAUCAUGAUUACAACUUCCUUCAUUCAAUUGAGCACCGAAUCGCAAGAUCGGAAAAAGAGAUUGUGGAAGAGCGAGGCCUUGUAACGAAAACGGAACUCCAGCUGGCAAGAGAAGGCCAAAAUGACGAUAGAAGACGAUUCAACAAAACCACAUGGCGUCAGCGCGAAGAUUUUAUUACUAAAAUGCUACAAAAUUCCGGAAUAACACUAGUUAAAGCCCCGAAUGGGAUGUCUAGAAAUUUGGAGAACACAUCUACUUGGAGUAAAACGCAGAAGUGCAUGAAUUGGCAGAUGGAAUGGAUUCGAGAGCCAGAUACGGGCGGAAGAAUACUGCAUAAAUCGAUAGACAAAUGGUCAAUCAACGAUACAUAUUCAAUACUCCUGGAGGACCAACAAAGAUUGAACAUGGCGCCAGAGGAAAAAGCUGCGCUGAAGAAGAGGAAAGCAAAUGAGUUGAAAGAGAAUAAGGCUAAGAGAAUUAAGUCAGUUGAACACUUGUUGGAUAUACCGCCACUUUCCUCAUUUCAAAACUUGACUGGAGCUUGGAACGUAGUUUUGGAUCAGCCAACGAUAUCAACAGACCAGGAUUCCACUUACCAAGCCAGUACACCACGGAAGCUUGAUUCCAAGUAUCAUUUCUAUCUCCAUCGACCUAAGACUCGAUCAUCAUAUCCUAAAGUACUAGUACCUCUGGACCCAACACAGUCAAUAUCGAAAGUUCUAGAGAAUCGUACAGUCCUCGAAUUUCCUACCUUCUACGUUUUUGAAACAGACAAAUUUCCAGACACAUUUAUGCUGGAAAAGGAUUAUAUAAAAGCUACUGGAGAUGGACCAGAGAUGGAAAUUGAGGAAUCUGAGGAUGAGGAUACUAGUGGUAGUGACUCUUCCUCGGAUGAGGAUGAAGAUGAAGAUAUGGAAAUGGAGGAUGGAGAGAUUGCAUCAUGAAGUAUUUUAUGAUCUGUUGCCGUCAAAUUGUAUACGUAUAAAAGCAUUGCGUCCCAUGAUACCCUCACACUAGAAAUCCAACAUAUAUCCGUUCAAAAUGAUGUA